CUUGGUAGAAUCUACAGUAUCCAAGGAAUUCGAUUGUUUCAGCAUUUCGUGUCUGAAAUUUUGCAUGGCUUUCGAAAAUCGAACGUGCCCAUCUAGCUGCGUGCUCUUCAGGUUAAAUAUCUACAACCAAGUUCAAGUUGUUAACGAUGUCGUGCGCAAUGAUUUCGAAAGCCAUGGCAAUGUUAAUUUUAUCAUUUCUUUUUAUUGCGUUGCCCAUUGGCUUCGUUGAAUGCACUUUAACGGAUUCGCAAACGGUAAGGCCAAAAUAUAAAUAUCGUUAAUAAAUUGAAAUCAAUUUCAAGAAAAAGCAUCAUUAUUUGUCUCCACUCGAUAGAUAGAUCUGCACGAUACGCGAUCGUUUGUUAUUAGAUCUUACGAUGAUGAUUACGACGAAGACGAAAGUGAAAUGAUUCAGCCGAAAGAUAUUGAACACAUUGAAUCUUUAGCCAAGGACGAGGAGAAGUUUAUGCCAUUACAUUCGUUCGUCGCACAAUUUAAUGAUCGAUCGCCACGGCCACCAUCAAAAGGUGUCAAUUGAUAAAGUUUCUCCAUAAUUUUAUCCACAUUUAUGACCUCCCUUGCGUGAUAAUAAAUUCGUGUAACUAAAUCAAUCGCUGCUCUUUUAUCACCGCAAAACCGCCUCGAUAAUUAUAUCCUUUGUGUGUUUUAAUUUUAGCGCAGAUAUGAAUAGAUUUAGAAAUAAUGUUAGCCCUUUGAUUAGAUCGUUAAAAUGGGUGAUUAUCAAUAAAUUAAAACAAAGUGAAAAGACGAAAAGAAGUGAUAGCGACGAAGAAAAUGAAGAUAUUGAAGACGAAGAUACUGAAGAUGAAAUGACACUUUCUUCAACGACUCGUAAACCGAUAGCAAAAACUGAUACUUUUGAAGAGUUUGAAAUAACUCCAGAUGAAUUUGAUAACUCGUCAUUGGAACCUACGGGUACUCCCGACUUAUACGAUUAUGAAAACUACGAUGAGGAAAUUACUCGAAGCAGUUCAAGUACAAAAAUUACAAGUACAAUUUCCGCAAAACUGACAAAGCGUAUUGAAGAAACGACAAUGGCACAAAAAACUACGUUGAAAAGUUCAGCUACACAAAUUGCAGAAACGCCCUCGACUCAAGAAACUACUAUCUCUGCAAGCUCAACUUUGCAAAUUACAGGAGCAACUACUACCCAAAGAACGACCUUGCAAAGUUCUACUGCACCCUCCACAGAGUUGAUUGGGACAGUCGAAACUACUUCAGAUACUAUGCUAACGAAAUUAUUGUUGUCAACUUCAAUGUUAGAUUACGAAGAAAAUAAAAAGCAAAUUAGCACAUACACGAAUGACGAAUUUGGACAAACGGAGAUUACCAGUAAAACUUACACAUCAGCAGCGACUCUAAACAACGUGAUGACUCAAAUUUAUGAAUCAAGCAAUGUAGUAACCAGAAAACAAAUGCUGGACAUUUUUACAACUUCUCUUGAAAAAACAACUGAAAUUGCGAUUGAAGAGUUCACGGAAACGAGUAGCACCACCGCAAUUUCCGGAAGUGCCACGAAAAUGUUUAUUACAAAAAUAAGUCUUAAGCCAACGACCACGAGAAGAAUAGGAGAUAAACCAGCGAUAACUACUUGGAAAACGACGUUUAAACAACCGACCGCUGCAACGACCACUGAGGAAAUAGAGACGACGAAACCUCUGCAAUAUGAAAAAAUCAUUCCCGAAUACGAUUUGGAAAUAGAAGAUAUAAAAACAGAAAACGUUACGUUUGACUAUACAGACAACGAGAUUCAGAAAUCUCUACAAAAAUUGAUAAAAAAAGCGAUAGACAUUAGAAAGCCGCGCAAUUGCUCUAAGUUUGAAGGUUUUAAUUACGGAAUUAAAGCUUUUAGAUGUGCCUUAGACGAUUUUCACAGUGCACGCAAUCGCACUCAAAUAAAUAAGGCUCUCGGACGAGUGUGGAAAAUCGUACGAAUUUGGUUCUGCGUUUACACGUGCAUUGCUAUUCCUUGCUGGUGUCAAUAUGGAUGGUGUUGCUGCUGUUGUCGCUGUACAAUCUGCUUUCCACGGAGAGCAAUCGUAGAAGAUCAGAAGUAUUUCAUUGACAAUCCACCGGGCACAUUAAUGGAAAAAGAUAAACCAACCACGUACGAACCAACAAUUUUCGAAGAGGACGCGUAUGAGCAGCUGGAGAAAACCAUAAGACACUUGUGA